ACCCCAUGGCAGGGCAUUUGGGUUGUGAGAAAACUCUGGAGCGCAUAAUGGCCCGAUUCUAUUGGCCGGGAAUUUGGGCCGACGUGCGCCGCUGCUGUGCGUCGUGCCCAGAAUCCCAGCUGGUUAACCAGCUGUUUUAUUGCAAGUUUUAUUGCUACAAACAGGUUAAGAAUAGACUUUGUUUGUUUCUUUUUCAUAUUAAGUAAAAAACACACACAAUUGUCUGUUUUACUGCUUACCAGGUCAGUUAGAGGUGAACAGCAGCAGUGUGGAGUCUGAACCGUCUGGCUAUUACUACCAGGGUGUGUGGCGAGCACUAGGUGGGACCACCGUUCAUCAGUUCAACACUUCCUCAGCCAUCACUCGGUGUCUGAAAGGAAAGCUGGUCCAUAUGUAUGGAGACUCCACAAUGAGGCAGUGGUUUGAGUACCUUAAUGCAGCACUACCAGAUCUAAAGGAGUUUAACCUUCAUAGCCACAAAUCAGUCGGACCUUUAAUGGCCCUGGACUAUGCAAAUAACAUCUUUGUGAUGUUCCGCGCCCAUGGUCCUCCUCUACGUACUGUCAGUGUCCCAUCCAUGGAGCUGCAUUAUAUUGCCAAUGAGCUGGACAAUGUGCUUGGAGGCAGUAACACUGUAGUAGUUUUUGGCAUCUGGGCACACUUUGACACUUUCCCUAUUGGGUUCUACAUCCGUCGACU